AUCUAUAAAAGUUUCAACGAACACCUCUUGGAUCAUCAACAACAGCUGGACUUUUCCAUGCGCGGGGAUCCGCUUAGUCUAUGUGUGGGGAAGGAAUGGUACCGAUAUCCCUCAUCAUUCUUCCUACCUCAAACUGCUAUCGAUGGACGUUCCAGGAAACGAGGAGUCCACCUUCAUUUCCUAAAAAGCGAAUUUUCUGGACUUUUACCGAAAUACUAUCCGCAAGGCAGGUUGCCAUUUAUCACACGCCGCAUCCCAACAGAAAUGAACGAUUUGAAUCAAGAGGAAAUGUCAAGAUACGUUCCACUUGAUUCCUGCGAUUACAUCGUAGACCUAGAAACUCCGGAUCAAACCACAUCUUUGGAACCCAACUAUGGACUCAUGACCGACACCUUCGCUCGAUUACAAUCUCAUCCUUUUUUGGUAUCGUCAAAAUCUCACUGGUUUUAUCGAGCUUUCUUCGUACCAUACUUAUCUGCAAAACAUACAUCGUUUGCGAAUUAUACCCUUUACCAACGGAUACCUCCUACCGUGAGAAUUUAG